CUCUCCGAGCUUCAAGGUAAUCAGAAAAUUACAAAAUUCCUAGUUUAUGCUUAAUCUUUUGUUUAAUUUUUUUGAUUGUUGAAAUUGAUUUAAUUAUCGUUUUACAAUCAUGCCGGUUCUGUUUCGGCACUCGCUGAAAGAUUCGGACGAUGAGGUCGUGCAGAAUUGGGAUCACAUAUUCGGCGUUGAGCCGCUGAAGAUCACGAGCCCUUCCACCGAUUUCGAGGUUUCGCUUACGCUUAGGGUUUUAGAGGGUUGCUGCCUGCUUCAUCCGGACAGCGCGGUUUUGGUUCAUCAGCACAAGGCCAUUCAGGUUUUGAUGAAUAUAUUACCGACUCGCGGCGUGAUUGAGCAAGGAGCUUGUUUGGAUGCUUUGAUUUUUAUGUUGGAUGCAUCAGCUAAUCAAAUGGAUUUUGAGGCUUUUCAUGGUAUUGAGGAAGUUGUAGGGCUCAUAAGGGACAAACAAGUUGAUGAGAAUCUCAGGCUUUGUCGUUAUUUUGGAGAGACAAGUCAUCCUCUAAUUACUACACCUACCUAUAGAAAAGUAGCUGGUCCACUCACACAUGUUCCAUACUUGACCAUUUAAGUCAAUAUCCUUGAACUAUCGCAUGGAUUUUCACUUGUAUCGUGGAAAUUUUGGUUUGUUGGUCCCUGUUGUUCUUAACUUGUAAU